GGUGACUGCAUGCAAGCAAUUUUAGUUCUCAUAUUGUAGACAGGUGUAAGUAACGAGAGUUUUUGGAGAAUCUCUGCAUUGAGCAUAACUACAAGAGAAUCAUUGAUUGAAAGCAUUCCAACAUGUGUGAGAAUCUUUCUGUGAAAGUCCCUAUGUAUAGGGGUAUCACGGAGCAACAGUGUGCAUCAAUAAAGUUCAUACUUUUCAUUAUGCCUGAGAAUCUUAUUUAUCAUGGCUUCAAAAUUCGUGCCUUUAAAAGUUGAACUUUAUUUAGCUUUUAAAAAGACAAGUUUGUUUCUGUAUCAGAGAGCAUAUCACUAAUUGCAACAAAUGUGUGUUUCCCAAACAACUUAUUCAGAAUCUACUGUAUGAACACAGAUAUGUUGAGGAGAUAGAUAUUACAAAAAAUCACAAGUCUAUAACACUUACCUUUCAUAAAUCAGUUCAUCAUCCAACUGCUUAUUAGUUUUGCACACGAUUUCUCCUAGCAAUGGAUCCGUAUCAAAACAUGAACAAAAAAACUAAUGCAGCAAAAGCGCGAUUGAGAAGAAAGAUAUUCCUGCAAGAAAGGAGAGCAAAGAAACACAAGACAGUGCAUCAAAAAGAGGCCCAGCCAAGGUUAUUAUUUCAAAGUACUUCACAGUCUGAAAUAGCUUCUCAAAUGUUGAAUCAGCAGAAUCAGCUCAAUCAGAAUUAUAAUAGGAGCAUCAACAGAUGCAACACUAAUUUUCAAAUGUAUACUCAGCGUAAUACUAUCCUAGAACCAUAUCCGAGGGAAAAAACUGUGGCUGGUAUUGACUCCUUGCGUGUCAAUCUAACGAGCAAGUUUGUAAAUAUCAAUACAAAUGUAGCUUCGUCUUCGUCAAACCCGAAGUUGCCAACUGUCACAAGAUGGAAUACAUCAAGUGCAGAUAGAUAUGUGCAAAACACUAAUUUUCAAAUGCAUACUCAGCGAAAUACUAGCCUAGAACCAUAUCAGAGGGAAAAAACUGUGGCUGGUAUAGAUUCCUUGCGUGUCAAUCUAAUGAGCAAGUUUGUAAAUAUCAAUACAAAUGUUGCUUCGUCUUCAUCAAACCUGAAGUUGCCAACUGCCACAGGUUGUAUUACAUCAAGUGCAGAUAGAUAUGUGCAGGAGAAAAGUGUCUAUGAUUCCUCAGAAGACUCUUCAGGUUCAAGUGAUGAUGAUAGCAACUCAAGUCUUGACGAAGAAGAAACGCAUGCAAGUUACAAAUCUAAGGGUUAUGGCAUUCUUACUGAAGGUUAUUAUGAUGUUGGUGAUCCCCUAAUUGAAUGCGAGUAUUGUGGAGCAAAAAUGUGGUACCAAGAGAGAAUGAAUAAACAUAAACAUGCUGCAAGUCCUAAGUACCAACUAUGUUGUGGAAACGGAAAGGUUCAACUUCCUCUCUUGAAAUCACCACCUCCAUUUCUUCAACAUCUUCUAUUUGAUCGUGAUUCAUCGGUGAGCAAGAACUUUCAACAGCACAUCAGAGUUUAUAACAUGAUGUUCGCAUUCACUUCACAAGGAGCAAAGCUGGAUAACAAAUUUCAAAGUAGUAGAGGGCCACCAACAAUCAGAAUACAAGGUCAAUCAUGCCAUAGAAUAGGAAGUUUAUUGCCUGUGCCAGGACAAUCACCGAAAUUUGCACAGCUUUACAUUUAUGAUACAGAAAAUGAAACACAAAAUAGACUUCAAGGGGUAAGGAACAAUAACAACAUUGACCCAGAUACUGUUUGCAAAUUGUCUGAAAUGCUUUAUCAACAUAAUACACAUACAAAGUCUUUUCGGAUGGUAAGAGAAAGAUUGAAUCAAGGUAAUGUUAACAAUUUGAAGCUAAGGCUGAUUUCUGAGAGGAUUACUGAUGGUAGAAUAUACAAUCAACCCGAUGUGUCUGAGGUAGCUGCUCUUAUUGUUGGUGAUGUUGGUACUGCUUCAAAAAGAGAUAUAAUAAUGGAGACUCAAUGUGGUAAACUUCAAAGAAUAGAUGAAUUUCAUGCAAGCUAUUUGGCCUACCAAUAUCCCUUAAUAUUUCCAUAUGGCGAGGAUGGCUACCGACGUGGCGUAGCUCAUAGAGAUAGAGGAAAUUCUAAGAGCAGAAAAAGGAAUUUGGUGACUAUAAGAGAAUGGUUGGCUUUUAGAAUUCAAUCCAGAACAGAGGAAGCACAAACUUUAUUAUGUUCAAGAAGACUAUACCAACAAUUUUUAGUUGAUGGAUUCAUUAUGAUGGAGUCUGAAAGACUUAUUUGGCUCAGGAAAAAUCAGUCCAAGCUACGAGUUUCUAAAUAUCGUAGUCUUAGUGAAUCUGAUCACCGAAUCCAAACUCAAGGGUCAAACAAAGGAAAAAGAGUAAUAUUACCUGUAACACAUGUGGGAAGCCGUAGAUACAUGAAUCAGUUAUAUUUUGAUGGAAUGGCAAUUUGUAGCUAUGCUGGUUUUCCAGAUCUUUUUAUUACAUUUACCUGCAAUCCCAACUGGCCAGAAAUACAAAGAGUGCUAGGAUCAAUAAAUUUGAAAGCACAUGAUCGUCCUGAUAUAAUAUCAAGGAUAUUUAAAAUGAAAUUGGACGAGCUCAUUUCAGAUUUGACCAAGAAAAAUGUGUUUGGGAAAGUUCUUGCACAUAUAUACACCAUUGAAUUUCAAAAGAGGGGAUUACCACAUGCGCACAUAGUAAUAUUUUUACAUCCUUCUAAUAAAUACCCUACCCCGGAUGAUAUUGACAAAAUCAUUUCAGCAGAGAUACCGAAUCAGGAACAUGAGAAAGAGUUAUAUAAUUUGGUUAAAAAUUACAUGAUUCAUGGUCCAUGUGGUUUAUCUCACAAAUCAUUACCUUGCAUGAAAGAUGGAAAAUGCUCAAAAUAUUAUCCUAAGAAGUUUCAGAACUCAACAAUUGUUGACAAAUAUGGUUAUCCAGUCUAUAGACGAAGAGACGAUGGUAACACAAUUGUCAAGAAUGAAGUUUCAUUCACUAACAAAAAUGUUGUACCAUACAAUCCUAUGUUGCUAAUGAAGUACCAAGCACAUAUAAACAUAGAAUGGUGUAACCAAAACACAUCAAUACAGUACUUAUUCAAGCACAUAAGUAAAGGUUAUGACAGAGCAACAGCUGUUAUUGAUCCGUCACAAGGCAUAGGUUCAACCCAACGUGGUAACAUUGAUGAGAUCAAACAGUAUAUUGAUUGUAGGUAUGUGACACCCGCCGAAGCAUGUUGGAGAAUUUUUUCAUUUCCAAUACAUGGUCGAAAACCAGCAGUUGAAAGGUUGUUUUUUCAUAUUCCAGGAGAGCAAUUGGUCUACUUUAACGAUUAUGAGCAUAUUGAUGAUGUCUUGUUGAAGCCAAGUAUCAUUGAAUCGAUGUUUACAUCUUGGAUGCAAGCAAACACGAUUUAUCCUCAAGCCAAAAAUUUGACUUAUGUUCAGUUUGUUUCUAAAUUUGUAUAUGACAAGAGGAAAAGGUCAUGGAAACCGCGAACGAGAGGUUGUACUAUUGGGAGGUUAAUGUGGGUUCCUCCGAGUACUGGCGAGCUUUUUUAUUUGAGAAUGAUGCUUACUGUUGUUAAAGGACCUGGAAGCUAUGAAGAUAUUAAAACUGUUAAUCAUAUCCAAUAUGAGACAUUUGGAGAAGCAUGUUUUGCGAUGGGUUUUCUUGAAGAUGAGAUAAAAAAUAUAGAGACCAUAAAAGAGGCAAAUGGAUGGGGUUCUGGAAAGUACUUAAGGAAAUUAUUUAUUACUAUGCUCUUGUCAAAUACCAUUAAUAGACCAGACUGUGUGUGGAAUAAAACUUCGAAAUUGUUGUCUGAUGGGAUACUUGAUGAUCAAAGGAAAUUGGCUGCCAAUCAAGACUUGCAACUUACUUAUGAAGAAAUACAGAAUUUAUCUCUAAUUGAGAUUGAGGAACAUCUGCAAACAAGUCAAAGAAGUCUGAAAGAAUUUCCGUCAAUGCCAUAUCCAAAAAAUUAUGUCACGAGUCAAAUAGAAAAUAGACUAAUAUAUGAAGAACGUGACUAUGAUCAAGAUGUUCAACAACAACAAUUCCAACAACUGUUCGGUUCUCUAACAGAUGAACAAAGAGGAAUAUUUGAAACAAUUAUGCAAGCAGUAAACAACCAAAAGGGAGGGGUAUUUUUCUUGUACGGUUAUGGUGGAACUGGAAAAACUUUCAUGUGGAAAACUUUGGCAUCAGCCAUACGUUCUCAACGUCAAAUUGUAUUGACUGUGGCAUCAAGUGGAAUAGCAUCACUCCUAUUACCAGGAGGAAGUACUGCACAUUCAAAGUUUAAAAUUCCUAUUCCUACACUUGAUGACUCGACUUGCAACAUAGAAAAAGGAAGUGAAAUUGCAGAGUUGCUAAAACUAACAAAGCUCAUAAUAUGGGAUGAAGCUCCAAUGGCUCAUAAAUUUUGUUUUGAGGCAUUGGACAAAACUCUUAAAGACAUAAUGAGUUUAAGCACUUCAAUAUUUGGAGGAAAAGUAGUAGUUUUUGGCGGAGACUUUAGGCAAAUUCUACCCGUCGUUCCAAGUGGAAGUCGUUCUGACAUCGUCCAUGCAACAAUUAAUGCAUCAUAUAUUUGGGAUCAUUGUCAAGUGUUAACUCUAACAAAAAAUAUGCGUUUGCAAGCUGGGUCACAAAGUUCCGAUACUGCAGAACUCAAUGAAUUCUUACAAUGGAUGUUAAAAAUAGGCGAUGGGAAGAUUUCUGAGCCAAAUGAUGGUUAUGCUGAGAUAGAUAUUCCAAGUGAUUUAUUGAUUACCAAUUUUGACAAUCCUAUUGAAGCAAUUGUGAAAAGCACAUAUCCAAAUUUAAUGGAAAAUCAUAAGAAAGAAGAUUUUUUGCAUUCUAGGGCCAUUUUAGCAUCAAAAAUUGAUGUUGUCGAUGAAAUAAAUGAAUAUGUCCUACAACUGACUCCAGGUGAGGAAAUGGAGUAUUUAAGUUCAAAUUCUAUAGAUCGGUCAGAAGCUAAUAUGAGUGAAGCAUUUGAAAAACUUACCCCAGAGUUUUUGAGCUCACUAACAACAUCAGGUCUUCCUAACCAUAAAAUCAAACUCAAAAUUGGUACUCCGAUAAUGCUUUUAAGAAAUUUAGACCAAAAGGAAGGGUUGUGUAAUGGAACUAGAUUAAUUGUCUCAAGGAUGGAAAAUCACGUGCUCGAAGCAAAGAUCAUUUCUGGAAAGAAUAUUGGAAGCAUGAUCUACAUUCCACAAAUGUCUCUCUCUCCGUCUCAAUCACCAUGGCCAUUCAAGCUUAUUAGAAGACAAUUCCCUAUAAUCAUCUCAUAUGCUAUGACUAUUAAUAAAUCACAAGGUCAAUCACUCGACUACGUCGGGUUGUACUUGCCUAGAUCGGUGUUUAGCCAUGGCCAACUAUAUGCGGCGAUUUCCAGAGUUAGGAGCAAGCAGGGUCUCAAGAUCUUAAUACAUGAUGAUGAAAGGCAGCCGCUCAACAUUACCACCAACGUUGUUUUUAAAGAGGUCUUUCAAAAUCUUUAAUUAAUUCUUAAACCGGUGUACCACAAGAGCCAGCGCGAGAUGAACAAGAGGACAAAUUGGGGGAUAGUACUAUCGCAAGGAGGAUUAAUGCAUGCAUUUUGUUCUGUAGUGUUGGCCAAUCCUAAUUUAUGUAGUGCUGAUAUAACCUGCAUCUCUUUAAAUUCUAAACUGAAUAUAUAUUUUAGUGUCGGCUUGAAGUGUUGAUGUAACCUAUGUUUAUGUAAAUGAUGACUAUAUAUUUUAUAACGUGGCUUUCUUUGGAAAAAUA